GCCGCCAGGGGGCGCACAGCGCAGCACCGGGCGCUGCCGCUCUACCCGCAGUCCCGGGGCACUGUGGGGCGGCAAGAUGGCGGCGCUCGGCGUAGGGCGAGCUGCGGUCAGGGGCCUCCUGCGGGCACCCUGCGGCCUGCGCCGACCCCUGGGCGCCUCCGCCGGGCUGCAGCAGAACCACAGGGCCAAGUCAGAAAAUGCAAAGUCAGAGGGCACGUUCCAGGUCACCAUGCUGCCUGGGGACGGCGUGGGCCCGGAGCUGAUGCACGCCGUCAAGGAGGUGUUCAAGGCUGCCAGCGUCCCCGUGAUCUUUGAUGAGCACCACCUGAGUGAGGUGCAGAACAUGGCGUCGGAGGAGAAGCUGGACGAGGUGGUGGACUCCAUGAAGGAGAGCAAAGUGGCACUUAUAGGCAAGAUCCACACCCCCAUGGAGUACAAGGGAGAGCUGGCUUCCUAUGACAUGAGACUGAGGCGCAAGUUGGACUUGUUUGCAAACGUGGUCCACGUGAAGAGCUUGCCAGGCUACCAGACACGGCACAACAACUUGGACCUCGUGAUCAUCCGUGAGCAGACGGAGGGGGAGUACAGCGCUCUGGAGCACGAGAGUGUGAAGGGAGUCAUCGAGUGCCUGAAGAUCAUCACCCGCGCCAAGUCGCAGCGCAUCGCCAAGUUCGCCUUCGACUACGCCACCAAGAAGGGGCGCUCCAAGGUGACGGCUGUGCACAAAGCCAACAUCAUGAAAUUAGGUGACGGGCUCUUCCUGCAGUGCUGUAAGGAGGUGGCAGAACUCUACCCCAAGAUCAAGUUUGACACCAUGAUAAUUGACAACUGCUGCAUGCAGCUGGUGCAGAACCCCUACCAGUUUGACGUGCUGGUGAUGCCCAACCUCUACGGGAACAUCGUUGACAACCUGGCAGCUGGUCUGGUGGGUGGUGCUGGUGUGGUGCCCGGGGAGAGCUACAGUGCGGAGUACGCCGUGUUCGAGAUGGGCGCCCGACACCCCUUUGCCCAGGCUGUGGGCAGGAACAUUGCCAACCCCACGGCCAUGCUGCUGACGGCUGCCAACAUGCUGCGGCACCUCAACCUGGAAUUCCACUCCAACCUGAUCUCGGAUGCGGUGAAGAAGGUGAUCAAAGUGGGCAAGGUUCGGACGCGGGACUUGGGCGGUUACUGCACCACUUCUGACUUCGUCAAGUCUGUGAUUGACAACCUGCACCCCCACUAUGGUGCCUAGGAGCCCCCGGCACCUCACUGCCCCCCCCCCCCGUAGCUCAGUGGUUCAGGGUUCAUCCCCCCGUUCCCUCCCGGCUGCCGCUCGCUGGGCUCCGGGGCAGGAGGUUCCUCCUCCUUCGCAGCCCGGUGACGCCGCAGCCGCGUUGGCCGCGUCCCUUUUCUCCUCCCCCGGCCCGGAGCGGCGCUGGGGGGGGCGGCAGCUCCGACCCGGCCCCGUCAGGCAGCUCCGAUCAGCGGCGGGACCCGGGGUCCUGCUCGUCUCAUUCCACUCCCGGCGGCUUUAGCAAUAAACGGGACCCUGAGCUGA